AUGAGAGCAUCAAAUGAUCCAAAAACAAAACCAUAAUAAGAAGAAGAAUUUAAAUAGCAAGUUCUACAAGAAGAUAAGAAUUCACAGAAAAAUUCAUCUUCAAGGACUAGACUUAGCAGAAAAAAUGAUAAUGAUAGGUAGAUAGAAUAAGAGGAAACUAAACGGUCUACAUCUUAAAUAGAUAAAUCUGCUUAACAUAAUUGGAAAACAGAUAAUAGUGAAAACACUGUCUAUUUCUUCGGGGAGAAGAAUGCUAAUGGAUAUUUGUCAAAUUUCUAUCCCUCUCCUAUAGUGGCAGAUGGGAAAUUUUAUCCAACAAAUGAGCAUUAUUUCCAAGCUAAUAAGAUGGAAAGGGAAGAAGAUCAUGAGACUGUAAGAAAAGCAUCUACACCUUAUCAAUCAAAAAAGCUUGGAGGAAAGCUGAAAAUUAAAGAAAUCUGCGAAAGAUAUCCUAUUAUGAUCCAGGGAUUAAUAUAUAAAUACAGUUAAAAUCCUGAGUUGAUGGAAAGGCUUCUUGCAACUGGAGAUAAAAUCCUAGUUGAAAACUCUCCUUAUGAUGAUAAGUGGGGCUGCGGAAGAAGCGGCACUGGAUAAAACUUACUGGGGAAAGCCCUAAUGGAAGUAAGGGAUCAUUUUAGACUAGAUUCUAAACUAGGUGUAGCUAUUUAAAGCCCUUCUAAAAGUAAAGAGUGA